AUGGGGAACAAUGAAUCGCCCAACAUUUUGUCCUCCCUCUACGAAUCCUUGUCUGCCCAGUCCACCAAUCGCUCGGGCCUUGCGGCAUUUUUACAACUCUACUACAAUUCGGCACGUGCAGCGGCCCAACAGGCCUCUCUCACUUCUGUCGCAAACCACCUUCGCAACCUCUAUCGCAAUGACAAAGUAAACUGGGGCCAAGUUGUGUUUCUCAUGACCUGUGUGAUAACCAUGGCUGGCUGUGGUAUAUUUUCUUCUCUCCGGCGCCGCUCGCCAGCGAAAAAAUCUCGCUCGCAGCGCUCCAGCAUUCGCAAAACUUUGACCAAGUCGUCUUCGAAGACACUCACCUCGUCGGACGAUGACUACGAAGAUGAAGACUAUGAUAGCAAUGGGUCUUUGCGACAUGCUACCCUUCCAUCUCGCCCAGUCGAAGAGUACUCUCAACCUGAGAAAAAGACAUCCGAUGGUAAGUCAAAAUCUCUUCACGCAGCCGUCACCGCCACCAAGAUCAUACCUAACUGGAACCCAGCUUUCAAAACCGACCCUGGAAUUCUGAAGAAGUUUACCUCCUAUCAAAAGUACACCACCUCCGUGGCAACUUAUCCCGAAAUUCGAACCUUUUUCUGUCGACACCCACACCUGGACCGCCUGCCCACCAAGCCAUCGCCGCUUCCUCUACUUGUGUUUGUACACGGACUCGGUGGAUCGCUCGCACAGUUCCAUCAUCUUCUCACUAGUCUGUCAAAUGUCGGGUCUUGCUUUGGUAUUGAUCUACCUGGUUGCGGUCUCUCCAAGUUUGAGCCCAGCAACUGGGACGCAUACACCGUGGAGGCUCUAGCUGAGUUGCUGGCAGUCGCUAUUGAGCAACAAAGGGACCCCGACCAAGAUGUGAUUCUAGUGGGCCAUAGCCUGGGAUGCUCAUUGUCUGCUCUCCUCGCUUCGACUACCUCGCCCAUCGCAACCCCCCUCAGAGACCAUAUCGUUGGGUUAAUCGCAGUCUGUCCCCGAGCAUCGCCUCCUUCGCCUCACGAGACCGCUAUCGCUCGCCGCCUACUUCACAUUCCAGGCCCUAUCUUUGAUCUGUGGCGUUUGUGGGACCGACGCGGCGGUGAGCAAAGCGCUAGCGUUAAGAGAAUGGUAGGCAGCGAUGCCGAUGCACAGACACGAGACCUCCAGGUCCGCUUCAACAAGCAAAGCCGGACUCCCGUUUGGCGUCGCAUGGCCUGGGGAUCGCUCCCGACCUACAAAGGUGACGAAGCCAUUGGAGGUAUGCCAGGAGAGAAGGUUUGGGCCGGUGUUCACAUGCCAAUUCUGCUGGUGGCAGGAGAAGCAGAUGCAGUGACGAAACCGGUUGAAAUCCAAAACCUUCUGAAGUUUUUUGGCAAUGCUUCAGCUCAUACCACCAUCGACACCACUGGAAGCAGCAUUAUCCCGGAUGCUUCAAGAGUUCAUGACCAAGUUUCGGCAUCUCCCAACAACGCUACAGGCCAAGAAAAGUCUGUUGUCCAGGUGGUGAUUGACAAUGAAAAGCUGACAAAGUCCAACUCUGCCAACGAGCGCAAGAGACUGGUGAAGUCGGCCAUCCUCCCAGCUCCCGCAUCGCAUGCUCUUCUGUACGAUCGAGCGACCUACCGUACUCUGGCUGGCAUCAUUCAAGGAUUCUUGGCUUCAAACAUUGACAAGCGACUUGGGCUGGGAUGGCAAUUACAACACCUGAAUACUUCGGGCAAGUGGGACGUGAAGAACCUCGCCAAGUGGCAAAAGGUUGCACCAGUCUCAGCGCCAAUUGCGAAUACUUUCCGGGCAAUGAAGAUGCUACGAGAGGUAGAUGAACAUCACAACCCAGUCAAGUUCUCUGCGGAAUACCGCGACAAGAUUUAUGCUGUCAUCGACAUCAGCCACGAAAGCCCAGUCUACAGUCCGGCACAGAUGGAAAAGGGCGGUAUCCAUUACUGCAAGCAUCCGACCGUCUCAAAGCUUCCUCCGACUCCCGACGAGGUUCGAGACUUCAUUGCCCUGGUCGAACGCUUGCAGAAGGAGAUUGACGACCAAAUGGAAAAGCGUGAGGAUCCAUCCAUCCCACGCCCACUGGUCGGCGUGCACUGUCAUUAUGGAUACAACCGAACCGGCUUCCUCAUCGUGUGCUACUUGAUUGAGCAACUGGACUACCCUGUCAAAGACGCGGUCGCCGAGUUCAAUCAGUGCCGACCUCCUGGUAUUCGCCAUGAUCACUUCAUUGACGAACUCCAUGCUCGGUACGCGGGAAUCAAGAGGGUUCCCACCCUGUAA